ACGCUUCGUUGUCAAUAGCAACAAGUGUAGGGGAGACAACUUUGACAUCGACUGAAAAAAACCGUUACAGUUAACUAUUGAAUAAGAAGGAAGCUAGUUAUGGCUUGGAGUCAAAAAACACAAUCUAGUCAUCAGCUUCAGAUCGUUGUUUGGUCAGACUUGGACCCAAAGCAAUCUGGAAUGCUUAAGAAUGCUGAAACACUGAAUGAUGUAAAAAAUAUCCUUGCUGAAAUUUUCAAUCUCUAUAAUUGCUCAGAACUACACAAAGAAAAGAUUCUACUCAACCUUUAUACAUAUGCUGUGCAAUUUGCUAGGGAAGAACAGUUCACAAUUGAACAGUUGUCUGCCCUUUUUUCCAUUGUAAAACUUGUUCAUGAAGUUUGUGUGGAAAGCCCUUUUGACAACAUGGAAGAAACAUUUACAUAUUUCAAAGACCUUCUGAUAUGUCACAGUGUUUGCCGUCCACCACACAGCACCGAACUGUUUUCAGUAAAGGAUGUUAGGAAAAUAGCCUGUUAUAUGACUAAUACAUAUUUUAGACACUUUAAACUCUACAAGUAUGUAUUCACUCCACAGGUGCAUCUUGAUUUAGUUUUGAACUAUAUUGGAGAGUCUGAUUCCAUUACAAGCCAAGAAGCAGAUUUUGAUUCUGAAAAGGAGAAGAACAAGAAAUCUGGAACUUCAGAUUUAUUUCUAAAUGAAAGCAUUGAUAAAGAAAAGGAGUUGGUAAAGAAUCCUGAAAAAGACGAAGCUAAGAAAUACUUGAGAAAGCUGAUCACAGACUUUUUACAAAAAAAAAUCAAUGAAUUGAAAUCGGCAGUGGCUGAAAAGUUGGAAAAAUCUGAAAAGAUGGUGAAUAAUAAACUGGAAGACGCUGGCUACCGUGGCUAUUCUAAAAGACUAUCAAAGAAAUUAAGCAAAUCUGGGAAAAGAAUAUCAAACCUCUAAAGUAAUAUCAAAACCAAACGUAAAAAUUUCUUUGUGACCAUUAGUUAUAUAACAACAACAAUUCCUGAUGGAAUUUAAUUUAGAAAGUAGAAACAUUCUAAUAGUACAACCUAUAUAAACCUAUAAAAUUAAACAUUCCUUAUAUUUAGUUUUAUGGUGAAGGUAAAGAAUCCUAAUUGUUUGUUACUUAUAAACAAACUUGGUAAAAUAUUUGGGAAAAUAUAUGAAGUUCAUGUUGCCCUCAAAGGCAUCAUGCCCAUUAUGAUUGGUUAUUGAAUGUGUUACUAUUGAUUAUUAAAAUCUUAUAUUUUUUUAUGCCAUUAGAAAUCAUCUGUCAUUUCUCCCUCUCUCUAUCUAUUCUUUUAACUUACUCCUUAUCUAGAUUCUUUAUAAUACCCUCUUUUCCUUUUUCCACUGCAGGGCUUGUUUUGCUAAUCUGUUUUCUUCUUAAAAUAGAACCUAUAUAUUUUUGUCAUUUUUCAAUGAUAAAAGAUCAUAUGAUUUUCCCAGAAAAUUGUAUUGAUCUUAUAUACUACAGACAAUGAAGUAUAACAAUAUUUUUAAACCAAUAGGUUGCAAUUUUGUUUCUUCAGCUGUAAAAUCCACAUUAAUGUGUAAACUUUUUUUUUUUAUAAUCUCAUACUACUUUUUAUUAACCAAUCACAAUAAAACAAUUUCUACUCAUGAAUAAAUCCCAAUAAAUUGUUACUUCACCUUA